AUGAGUGGUAAAUUUGUUCGUGCUUCUAAGUACAGACACGUUUUUGGUCAAGCAGCCAAGAAAGAGUUGCAAUAUGAGAAUGUUAAAGUUACCAAUAAUGCUUGGGAUUCUAACAUUUUAAAGACUAAUGGUAAGUUUAUUUCUGUUAAUUGGAAGUCUUCUGGUGGUGGUGCUUUUGCUGUGAUUCCUGUAGAGGAAGUUGGUAAAAACCCUGAUCAAGUUCCAUUGUUUAGAGGUCAUACAGCUCAAGUUUUGGAUACUGAAUUUGAUCCUUUCAAUGAGAGAAGAAUUGUUUCCUGUGCUGAUGAUUCGAAGAUUGCAGUUUGGGAUAUACCAGAGAACUAUUCCUUCCACCAUUAUCUUGACGAAGAUAAUCAACCAAAGGAUAUUUCCCCAGUGAAGAUUCUUACUGGUCAUAAGAAAAAAGUUGGUCAUGUCUUAUACAGUCCUGUUGCCCAGAAUAUUUUGGCUUCUUCUUCAUUAGAUUAUACUGUUAAGAUCUGGAAUGUCGAAACCGGUAAGGAUGAAAUUACUUUAAAACAUCCAGAUAUGGUUACCUCAAUGUCUUUCUCCUAUGAUGGUAAUCAUUUAGCUACUGUUUCUCGUGACAAAAAAUUAAGAGUCUGGGAUGUUAGAAAAGGUACCGUUGUAAGCGAAGGUGCUGCCCAUACUGGUGCUAAGAAUCAAAGAGUUGUCUGGUUAGGUAAUUGUAAUAGAUUGGCAACUACAGGUUUCUCAAGAUUAAGUGACCGUCAAAUUGGUAUUUGGGAUGCUUUUAAUCUUGAAAAAGGUGAUCUUGGAGGGUUUUACACUGUUGAUCAAUCUUCUGGUAUUUUAAUGCCUUUCUUUGAUGACGGUAACAAGAUUUUAUAUCUUGCCGGUAAAGGUGAUGGUAACAUUCGUUAUUAUGAAUUCCAAAAUGAUGAAUUGUUUGAAUUAUCAGAAUACCAAUCAACUGAACCUCAAAGAGGUUUUGCUGUUGCUCCAAAACGUACCGUUAACGUUAAAGAAAAUGAAGUUUUAAAAUGUUUCAAAACAGUUGUUGAUCAAUUGAUUGUACCAAUUUCGUUUUACGUUCCAAGAAAGUCUGAAGAAUUCCAAGAGGAUAUUUACCCAGAUGCACCAUCCGAAAGACAUGCAUUGACCGCGGAAGAAUGGUUUUCUGGUAAAUCUGUAGAAGGCCCUUUACUAGUUAGCAUGGAGACCAUUUACGACGGAACUGAAUUACAAUACCAUGAAGCUAAAAAGGCUGAACCAGUUGCUGCUCCUGUCAAAGCUGCUACCCCAGAACCAGUUAAAGUUGAAGAAAAACCUGUUCCAAAAGCUGCAACCCCAUCUAAAGAAGAAGUUAAAGAAGCAUCUCCUAAACCAAACUCUUCAGUCAAUGACAUUUUGAAAAAGGAUUCCUCCGUUGAUAAAUUAUUAGCCAAGUCUUCAGAAUUAGAUAAGGUUAACAACGCAGAAGACCCUUCAAAGAACUCAUCUGAAUGGGAAGAAGAACCAGUUCCCGUUAUUGAAAAGGAAAAAACACCAUCACCAGUGAAAAAGGUUGAUGAACCUCGUAAGGAAUCUGUACCAUCUACUCCUGUUCAAGCUAAAAAAGAAAGUACCCCAGCAUCUCAAAUUAAGGAAGAGUCUACUGUAGAGACUCCAAAGACACCAACAACUACAGGUGGUGCAAAAUCUUUAGGAUUAAAACAAUCAGUUGAAAAGUUGUCUAGUUUGGUCUUGCACUUAGAAGAUGUAAUUGGAAAGCUAUCUGUCUCUAAUUUAGAAAAAGAUGAAAGAUUAAAGGCUUUGGAAGACAAAAUUGAACAUUUAUUGAAUAAAUAG